GCUGCUGUUAGCUAGGCCGCGGCAGCACCGCUCACACUACUACAUCUGCCUACUGUUUAAAAAUCUGCCCAUGAUUCUGUUGCUUAUUACUGUGCAGGACACUUGUUAUAACGAAUGCAUUCCGCUUAUUUCUGUACCAUACUGAGCUAACGUUAGCUGUCGCUGAAUGGGCUGCAGUAACGUUACGUUACGUUACGCUGUUGGGCGUGGAACGCACAGACAGGCUUCUCUACGGGGCAGACGAGACGCCCAGGCUUUGAGAUGCGUCCCGCCGAGCCCCAGCUGUGCCUCGGCACGGAGGCUUACUGGCGACUUCUAGAUCUCUGAGAAGGACAGCUGGUCUAGAUGGGUGACCCGACUGAUCAAGACCCUUGACUUAUACCUUCUAUGCGGGAUAACUGUUAAUUCAACAACAAUGUCCGUCUCCACGGUAUUGGCAAAGGCGCUGUUUGACAACGCUGCUGAAAGCCCAGAAGAGCUGGCUUUCCGGAAAGGUGACAUUCUGAUGGUUCUUGAGCAGGAGCAGAGUGGGGGGCCUGGUUGGUGGCUCUGCUCCCUGCAUGGCAGACAGGGCAUUGCUCCCGCCAACCGCCUCCGCCUCCUGCAGACCGCCCCACCCCCAGGUUCAGACCUCCAGCGUGGCCUCAGUAAGGAGUCGGUCUACCUGUCACCUGGUUCCCCUUUGGCCCGGACUGCUGUCAGCAGUAGUGCCGAGGACAUCGAUGGGGUUUACUGCUCCCCUCCAGUCGUAAGUGAAGGACGAGGAGCUGGAGCUGCCUCAAGGGCUGGGGAACUUCUCAGAGUUGAAGGUGGGCGCCCACGCUCCCACUCUAGCUCUGGCACGCGACCCAGACCCGACUGGGAUCUUGGGGUGACAGGACGUCCGCGGUCACCCUCUCUGAGAGGACGAGGUACCGAAAUGGCAGGAACACUUUAUCAGACUCCAGUAACUCCUGUACCUGCAGCAGCUCAUGGGAGACAGCCUGGAGCUCUCCUGGUCUCAGAGUCUGUGUACCUCUCACCUACUGGAGUGCCUAGAGUGGCGGAUGAGCCAGAGGAUACUACAUAUCUGGUCCCUAGAGAAACACUAACAUCAGACUUGGAAGACUGUUACUUGGUACCCAAAGGUACACCACUUGCAGGUGAUGAUAUUUACCAGUCCCCAACAGGAGGGGGUGUGGCCACCUCUAAUGGUCCUUCUGUACUCAGUGGAACUGCUGUGGUCAGCCAGGAGACCACUGGGAUGUACCAGACACCCACCCCUGUGGGAUCGAGCCUUCAUAUGACUUCAGCCACUGCUUUGGCCCACCAGCACCCAUGCCAGUUAUCCGCUACUCAAGUAACUCCCAGACCUCUGCCGAAGGGAGUUUCACCCAGUUCUGGCGUGGCCAGGGGUAAACCUGCUCUGGCCUGUCAUCGGGGGUCCCCUUUACUGGUCAGAGCCGGGCAGGUCAGGGUUCCAGGAUCACCAAAUCCUGCCCGCAAGCCUCCUCCUCCUGCACCUCCUGUAAGGGGCGUCACCAGGAAAGAUGCUCCACAAACCGGAAAGGCAACAGCCGAUUGCAACAGCGUCUCUAAACCCACUGCUCAUGUCACCCCUUCAAGUCUGCAGCAAGAGGAGAACAAACAGUGGGGCACUCCUCAGCGCAAGGACCAGACCAACGGCAACAUGCACAGCCAAAAAGGAGAAACUCUGAACACAUCAGAUGUUGUGGACGACCAGGUUUAUGAUACCCCUCCUAGUGGCAGGUGGCAGCGUCCAAUCCCACCCGGCCUCGCAGACGAUGAUGGCAUCUAUGACACACCUCGCAGUGUCCCACCACACGCCGACUCUGACAAAGAGGUCUAUGACGUCCCUGCCAUCACUUUGAACGUGUCCUCUUCAGAUGUUCAACCUGAUGAAGUUGAUGAAGUCUACAGUGUUCCUACGCUACCAGGUGUGCCUUUGGGGCCAGGGGAGUCCACAACUGCUCUCCCCAGUGAGGAUGCUAUCCAGUUUGGACAAGUCUGCUGUGUCCCUGGACCUGAAAAACGAAGCAGUGGUGGAGAUCACCAUCAAGACUCUUCUGAGCCCGACGGUGGCAUCUAUGAUAUGCCCGCUUUGACCAUUGAAGUCCUCCCCCACUCUUCUUCAUCCUCCUCCACCUCUACUCGCCGCCUCUCUGUUUCCAGUAACGGUUCAGGUGAUGUGCAGUGGAGAGCCUCCCUUUCCGGUCUUGUCCAGUCAGUGCUGAGCACAGCCUCCUGCUCUGCCUCCACUCUGUCAUCACGGGACCUGGCCACCUCAUUGGCUGAAAUCCUGUCCACCUGGAAAGCCAGUCAUUCGGGUGAUCCACCACCACCUCUUCAGCAGGCUUGGGCUCGUCUGUCAGACCUGCUGCCAGCAUUGUCUGCUGUCGGCAUUGCUCCUCCAUCUGAGGGUCUCCUGUCUCUGGUCCAGCGCUCCCUUGAGGAGUGUGCCCACCUCUUGCAGGUCCAGGGCCGACCACGUCUGCCUUCCCAAGAAUCCUUGUCCCGCAGGCCAUUACCUGCUCUCCCAGUGCCUGAUGGGAAGUCAUCUGGAGGUGGUAUGGGCUCUCGUAAGGGUAGCUGGAUCCAGGAAAGGCCCCUACCCCCAACCCCUCAGCCUUCCUUCCCCUUGCCCCCAACACCCCCCACUGUGACUCUUACAAUGGGACCUGCUGAUGAAGACGACCCUAGCAAUGAGUAUGCUGGGAUCGGCUUGACCCCCAUCCCAGUCGCUGUACCUUCUGGAGACAGUGUUGGAUAUGUUAAGCUGCAGGGUAAACCUGAGCCUCUUCCUAAUGCCUUGGUGGAGAACGGCCAAACACAGGAGCCAAGGUUGACUCCAUCCCCUCCAUUGCCGGUGUCCCUGUCCCUGGAGGACUCUGAGCUGCUGUCCUUCUACUCGUCUCAAAGCCUUGCCCACCUGUCUUGCCUGGCAGACGCCAUUGAUGUGCUGUUCACCAGUGUACAGGGGAACCAGCCGCCCCGCAUCUUUGUCGCUCGAGGAAAGAGCCUAAUUGUGACGGCGCACAAACUGGUGUUCAUUGGUGACACUCUCUCCCGGCUUCUCAGUUCUGCUGACCUCCGGGCCAAGAUCACAACCUCAGGGGGACGACUCUGCCAGGCCUUGAAGGCAGUUGUCGUGGCCACAAAAGGUGCUGCACAAAACUACCCCUCAGUAUCUGCCAGCCAGGAGAUGGUGGACCGUGUUGCUGAGCUCUCCCAGCAAGCCGCUGGCUUCUCCACUCUGCUCCAGCGUCUGGCAGAAAUAUCUUCAUGAUAUUUUGUAUCUCUUGCAUAAACUUUGUUUACACUACACACACUUUUUUUUCCUCUUUUGAAAUGCCUUAUCUGUUAUUACUCUUUCAUUACGUUUGGUUUGAAUGGGGGUGAAGCAAGUGAAGUGGAACAUGUUUAGCCUCACUGCAGCUCUAAACGGGGCGUAGACUGUUGGUGUUGUCCUCCAGGAGUGUGUCGGUCUGCAUUUGUUUAUAUACUGACCUCUGCUUUGAUGCCAGGUACAUUUUUGAGUUGUAACUUAUUAUAUAUUUGCAGACCCUCUGUGAUUUUAAGUGUCUGUGCAGACCGUGUAUCUUCUGUGCUUUGGUUUAUUAUGUGUAAUAUAUUUUCUGUCCUGGCCAUUUGUCCCUAUUUAUUUAGCAACCCCCUAUUGUAAAAAAUAGCACAGACUGACGUCUUACGUCCUGGUACUGACCUACACUACACUGUGAUACCUAAAAGGCAUUUUGUCAUGAUCAUUCUGAGGCUACUGAGGCAGUAGUUUGGGCCUAAUAUGGAAGAACUGAUGUGUUUGUUCAUAAUCUCAACAAAGAUGUCUUGUUUGUGUACUACCCAUUUACACUAAAAGGUUUCGUUUUAGUUGUCAUAUAAAUGUGUGCAGUCCUUCUUUAAGAAGAGUGAAAGUCCUCUUUGAUAGACAGGAGUAACAUCCCAGACCUAAUAUUGAGGACAGGUAACAGUUGGGUGAGAAAUUGCGUAAUUGUGUUCUUUCCCACAGUCACAUGGCAGUUUGCUGGAGGAUAAGAAACCUGUUGACCAAGUGCACAUGCUCCCACAUGUUUUGUUGUGAUGUGCAUUAGUUACCUUUGCUUUUGCUUUAUAAUCCCCAAUGAGGCUUGUCACCAGUGCUUACUGAGGUUGUGACUAAGAAUGGUAGGAACUAAGGGCUGGGUGGUAUGCUUUUCUUUCAUUAUUAAUGCUAGUGGGAAGCGGUUCUUCAGUGUUAUAAUUACCAAAUUGAGAUGUAAAUCAGUUCUUUGUAAUAAUUCAUUACUAUCUUUUUGUACCCUUGGCUAAGAAUAAAAGCACAGGUGUUCAUAGGCACAUUUGAAGCUGUAGGGACAUUCAACAACAAAAUGUUUUUUGUGAACUGAGAUCUUAGUAGAAGGCCAUUUUAUCUUUGAGGUGCUACGUUAAAUUAGAAUAAAGUGGCCAGCUUUAAUGGUUUUGUUUUUGUCCUCUGUGAAUCAUAUUAAUUAACCUAAUAGUCUGCUUUAUUUUUUACAUCUUAAUCAGUAUCAGCAAACAAUGUGUAUGUUUCACUGUUUUGUGGCUGACUUUAAAUCAGUUUGAGGAAUUUGUAGCUUCCUGAUGUUUUCACCUUUGCUGCAGUGCCACUUUGUGGAAGUUUGAAGUAUUACCUAUUGAAUACCUGCCUGCCAACUCAGGCUCUGUACUGUACUAUAAAGAGUGCAUGAACGGCAAGUAACCUUUAACUAUAUAUUUAUUAUUGUCAUGUUUUGUGUUCUUUAACUUCUGUGCUUUACAGUGUGCAUGGCUUUAAUUUCCUUAUAUUUUAUAUAUGCACAUCCUUCACCAGGGGGAUUUUUGCUACUUUAAAAAAAACGCAUCUUCUGGGAGAUAAUGUUGCAGUUCAGACAUACAGCUGUAUUCCUUUUGUACAGAGGGAUUUUGCACUAUUUGAUCACAUUUGAGUCUGUUCUUUCUAUUUGCUCAAUCAUUGACAUUUCAUCUACAGUCUACAUCUACAGACUUUAACACUACAUUUGAUGUAUGUCUUGUAUCCCUGUUCAACAUGCAUAAAUACAUCUUUUGCAAUUAAACAGAUUUGUUUGCAUAAUCA